CCGUUCGUAAUAUUAACCAAAAAAAUAAACAAAAAAUGGGAAAUUGUUUACGUUGUCAAUCAUCGACACAAUGGGGCGGCGAAGAUUGGGCCACAUUGAUUCCGCGGCCGCGAACGAUGACGAUGACAGCGGCGGCGGCGAUGACAACAUAGAAGAGACGGGACUGCUCCAAAACCAUCAAAGAAUUGGUUGCACAACGUCUUCUUCUGCAACUCAUGAAGUGAAAGUGAAGAUAACGAGGAAGCAGCUGGUGGAGUUAUUGGGUAGGGUUGAUUUAAAAGAGUUAUCGGUGCAACAGGUUUUGGCACAGUUGAUCAAUGUUAGUCAUCAAUAUGAUCAAGCAUAUCAACGGUCCUGGAGGCCUACACUGCAAAGCAUUCCAGAGGUGAAUUGAGCUGAUGAAUGAUGAUGAUCGUGCAAAAGAAUUGGAAGCCACAAAUUUUCUUUUCUUCAUAUUCUGUUUCCUUUCUUUAGAGGUUUUCUUGCAUGGUGUGUAUAUUUUCAUUCAUUGAUUGACUUUCUUGGGAAAGUGACAGAAAACGAAGAGAAGAAAAUUAAGUUUUUUCUUUUUAGAAAUUUUGGUAAUCAGUUUGUGUACAGAAAGAACAUGGGGUAUUGUUGCACAGAGUU